UUUUGGUCCGUGGGAGGGGGGGAAAUGGGAGGUAGUUAAGGGGAUUCGUGGGGCGUGUUGGAGCGAGGUGGUGGAAGGAAUUUUGGCAACGAUGAAGACGUAGUAAAUGCAAAAAAAUCCAAUCCAGGCUAAUCCGAUCCAUGUUAGAUGAUAUAAAUUUUCUGAGCAUUUGGUGGAGAGGAAUAGAAAUAUAUGCACAUAAUAUAUAUCCAUUUGCAUUUGUAUAUAUUUAUUGAUUGCCCUUGCAUGCUCAUGAUUGCAUACAGGUCAGUAUUAUUAUUUUAAUAUAUCCCUGUGUGUUGUUUACUAGUUCUCCUUCCACCUUGGGGACAGCAGGGAUUUGCUGUUUUUAUAUUGUUUUAUAUGUGCAAAAGAAGAAUAUGAGGCAAAUGUGUUGCAUGGGAGAGAAAAAGGCGCUGUGGGUGUGAAUUGUUUAUGAGGUUGCACUACAGGUGAGCAAGCGGAGGAAUGAGGCUGGCAGAUGGAUUAGUUUAGUGUUUUUUGGGGCACCCCGCUGGUCUUUCAUUAUUCAAGGGGUGGUCAUUUUCUUCAGAGGAAGUGGAAAAGGAAUAGGAAUAGGAAGGGGAAGAGGAAGAGGAAGAGGAAGACGAAUGGCUCAGCCUCAGUAUGCCCAGUUUGGAGACACAACGCUCACCAAGGUGUUUGUUGGUGGGCUGGCAUGGGAGACGCAGAGGGACACAAUGAGGCGUUACUUUGAGCAAUUUGGAGACAUUUUGGAGGCUGUCGUCAUAACUGACAAGAAUACUGGACGCUCCAAAGGCUAUGGAUUUGUAACGUUCAGGGAUCCAGAGGCUGCAAGAAGAGCAUGCAUGGAUCCGAGCCCUGUCAUAGAUGGCAGAAGAGCUAACUGCAACAUUGCAUCACUUGGUCGACCUCGCCCCUCUCCCCCUCACGGACGCAUGCGCCUGGGGAGCCCCUAUCCAGGAGCCUCUCAACCUGGACAGGCCUUUGCUGGAGGCUCAAAUUUCCCCCCUUCUUUUCCUUAUACCUAUCCUCAGGGAAUUGCAUACCCUCCAUAUGGAUAUACAACUUAUGUGCCCGAUGUUGGUUACCAUCAGAAUAUAUAUAAUCCCUAUCUGGCACCACAAUAUUCCCAUUUGUAUGGAGCAGCUGGAACCCUUAAUCCAGCCUUAUAUCCUUAUAUGGGCCAACCAUUGCAAGCAGGACAUGGCUUUUCUGCCCCACAUGGUUAUGGAGUGCAGGGGCCUAUUGUUCAGUUUUCAGGGCCAGGAGGUUCCUCCAUGACAACAAUGCCCCAACAUUAUGGUACCGUGCCAGUCGUACAGGGACCAGUUCCUUCAGCAGCACCUACCCCAGUGUCAUCACAUCCUCAGUUUGUAGGGUCCAUACAAUCUCAGCAGAAGUAUAUACAAGGGGAGAGUGGCUCAGAGCAUCCAUCUGGUUGAUAGUACCAUCUCAGUGUGGGGAGCAGCGUUAUGAUAAGAGGCAUGAGUAUUUGCAAUCAAUAGAGGUGGGACUUUUAUGGGGACUGGGCAAAUUUUUUGGCAAUGGAUGAUUUUGAUUUGCCAAGUUCAUUGCCAUCAAUCCAUUUAUUUGUUCAAGAUUAUCCUGCAUUUACAGUCAUAGAAAUUAUUUUUAAGGGCACAACAUUGGCAAGCUACAAGAUAGAAAAAUAAGUUUUCCCUUCAAGGAUUCUCUGCAGCUUUAUAGUUGGGCAGCUUGAGAGCGGUUCUAACAUAAUUUUUUUUUGGACCACAAACAUCAAGAGCAGCAAACUGAAACUGGUACAUGAGUAACAUACUUAAAUGAUUUACUUGCAUGAUGCUGGUUCCCCACUAAAGAGAUGACGAUUUUAGUGGCAUUCUGUCAUGUUAUACGGUACAUCAUUUGAACAAUUUAUUGAAAAGGGAGGGCAGCGUAUGCAGCUGGAAAAUGAAGUCAGGCGUGCAGGACAUAUAACCCUAACAUGUAUUUAUUUGAAUUUUUUCACCACCCAGUUUAAGGCAUGUGGUACAAGUGUAAUUUUAGAGCACCGGAGUACUUGGUUCCACAAUUUCAUUGCCUUUUUCACCGAGAGGCUGUGGGAAGUAUUUCUUUUGUUCUUUUUUUCUGUUUUCCAGUAGUAACUCAGGGUCAGGGAUAGGGAUUCAUUCCAACAGGUGAAGAUUGGUAGAUAAAUCCAUACUCUCUCAAGAUUUUAGAGGAGGGCUAGUCUGGAUGAUUAAAUUGAUUAUAUUCCUGUUCUUCAUUUUGGUCCAUUCAAGGUAAUAAAUGUACUUGGGCUCUAUUGCUGA